GCACAGACUGACGUUAUUUCGGAAGCCCAUUGUGAUUUAAGCGCCCAUGUAUAAACCCCACUAACCCCGUUUCAUGCUCCUUUGUUCAGCUCACUCAGACGUCGGUUCUGAGGAAGUGGAAAUGGACCUCCAGACUGGUUCGGAGAAAGCACCAACAACCACGAAAGGGGUCCCAACGUACUACACGACUCGCCAUAUUAGCUAUCAGACGAGAACCCGUCGGUUACAACUUGCAGCUGUGAAACUAGUUACAUGUCUUUGCCUUGCAUCAUGGGUUUAUCACUUCGCUCUUCCUGGCCGCCCUGUAACUCAACCUCUCCAUUACAAGGACUUUGGGGCCUUGCUGGACGACCCCGCAUCCGAGUUUGCAGACGACGACUUCCCUCUACGUGCACAUGAACCCUGGGAUAUCUCUGUGGAUUUCCCUUACCCUCGUACACUGACCUACGAGGUAACAGAAGGUACAUGGUUGCGACUCGAUGUGCACCCUGUGAGUGGGGAUAUCGUGUUUGACAUGGCAGGGGAUGUAUAUUGCCUGCCGGGUGAUGCAUAUUUAGGAGCUGCUAGAAGAGGCGGAGGGAGAACAGAAGCGGUGCCAGUCCUCACGGGUAUCCCACAUGACGCGGAUCCGCGGUUUUCACCUGCAGGCGAUAAGCUCGCAUUCAAAAGUGAUGCGGGGCUUGGCGCUGACAAUCUGUGGGUAAUGCCCUGGGCAGCAAACGGGUGCACGGCUAUGGACGUCCGCGCGCAUGUCAGCUCAUCGUAUGAGCUUGAGCUGAAGAUCUACGACGAGAAGCAGCUCGCACAAGGUAUAAAGGAGACGGGUGAGAGGAAACUGAGGAGAUUGACAAGGGAAGGAAGGGUAAAUGCGCAGCGCAUCACGAAUGAGACGUACAACUGGGUAUCUGACCCGCGCUGGCAUCCUUCAGGGGAUAAGGUCGUCGCAACAAAAUGGUACUACUCUUCACGGUCGCUUGGAGCUGGCGAAGGAUGGGAGUUUCCCAUUCCCGCUGUCCACGCCCAGUCACAGGUCGAGACAGGUGCCGGAAAGCGUUUGGUGUCAAAGAGCUUACCUAUGGGGUGGGCAAAGGCGGACUAUGUCGAGCAGCAGAUCGGACACGAACAGUUCAUAUGGGCGGGCGAUGAUGCACUGAUUUAUGCUGGUAAUGUGAGGGAUGUUGAUGGCAGUUACACGUAUUCCAAAGAUGUCCAUCGGGGCAUCUAUGCGAUCUUCCAGCGCAACUUGACGACGGGCGUGGAAAAGACGCUCGUUGAUGCCUUCCCUGGUGGUGCAAGCCGGCCUAUACUCUCGCGCGAUGGACGCACGCUUGCGUUCGUGCACCGUGUGAGAGACAAGGAAGCACUCGUACUCAAGGAUCUUAACACGGGCACUCUGCAUCAUAUCUGGUACGGGCUCACCUAUGACCUCUCGACAAUCUACGCGCCGAUGGGUACAUACCCGUCCUUUGCAUUUACGCCCUCUUCGUCCUCGCCGGGCAUCAUCAUCUGGGCUGCUGGGCAGAUCUGGCAUGUCCCAUUGGCGCACAACGCAGAGGGGGAACUUGUUGCAGCGACUAAAGCCACUAACAAUGCAGACCUUACGCCAAAGGUGAUCCCGUUCACAGCAAAAAUCUCGAAGAAACUUGCGGAAACUCGGCGUAUGAAGACUGAUGUGCGCAAGUUUGAAUCAGGCCUACAGCGCGUGCGUGCCUUCGCCCAGCUCGCCCUGGAUGAAUCUGGCGAGCAUGCAGUAUUUGCAGGCGCGGGCCGGACAUGGUUGCAGGUGCUUGGGGGCUCCCUCAUCAACCCGACUACCUUCGACCCCGUCGAUGACGCCAAUUUCCUUGGGACCUCAAAGCCUGCCCAGCGUAUUCCUCACCUAUACCCUUCCGCAGGAUACUAUUCACCUUCCUUCAUUCCCGCGUCUUCCUUCAUUCUGCAUGCACGAUGGGAUAAUACAUAUUUCUCGUCCCUUGAGUUGGCAGAUCUGGAGAGUGGACAAGUGUGGGAGGUUGCUGGACUCCCAAAGGGGCGGUGGUUCGGUGCUAUCGUAAGUGGAUCUGUGGAAAACGGUGUGCGGACAGCUGUGCUGGUGAAGACAGGUGGGGAUGUGCUGACUGGUAACGUGGUGGCUACUGCACAAACUGGAGUCUGGGUUGGAGAGAUCACGCUUCCGUCCCACUCCUGCUCCGAAGGCACGGUCCAAUUAACCAACCUGCGCUACGUCCAAAGCAGUAUCGACCCUUCUGAUGUCGUCAAGCUGUCGUUCGUGGAUGACAAGUCUAAUGAAGUCCUCGUUCAGCAAUCUGACAGUGUACUUCGAGUCUCGUUGCGCGACGGUGCUGAGGAGGUGGUUGCUCGGGGGAAGGGAACUGACGAGCUCGUUUUUUCACCAACUGAAUCUGUGCCCUCGAUAUCUUCAAGACUAGCUGGACGCAACCAAGCAACAGGGAGUGCGGCGUUUGUCAGCUUAUUUCACGUAUAUUAUGCGCCACCUUCCUCAGUAAACUCUGAGAAGGCGAUGUGGGCCAAGCCUGGGAAGGCACCGAAGCACAUGGUGCGUCUGAGUGGAGACGGUGGGCAUGAUAUCGUGUUUAGUGGUGACGGAAGUGUGAUUGGAUGGUUCCUUGGACCAUACCUCCAUACUCUUCAGCUCUCCCGCCUUCCCUCAUGCGCAGGUGCAAUCGAAGCUGACACAUCUAACUUCGGGAUCGACUGUGUCCGGGGCUUGCUGGAUGUCACAGCAGUGGAUGUUGCUUAUACCCCUGAUGUACAACGGUUGUCCAGCGAGGCACGCAAGUCAAUAGCGAAUGUCCCACAGAGAUCAAUUGCAGCAGAGAGCAACGCUGAUGUAGUCAUCAUCCACAAUGCGACAGUCUUGAGUAUGGAGAACGGCGUACUCACGCAGGAUUUAAGACUAGGCGCGAGCGUUGUCAUUCGGAGUGGAGUUGUGGAGGCCGUUGGCGGCCCAGGUGUUGGGGAGGGACUGAUGGGGGCAUUUGAAAUCAACGCUGAGGGCGGGUACGUCGUUCCAGGUUUCAUUGACUCACACGCACACUGGGCUGGCACCGAAGACAAGUACCCAGCAACGUCAUGGGAGAUGCAGGCUUUCCUUGCGUAUGGCGUGACUACACUACACAACCCAAGUCUACAUAACUCCCUUGGCUACGUCGAGCGCGGACGCAUCGAGUCUGGACUUAUGGCCGGCCCGCGGCUCUUCCAUACCGGCACAGUCAUCUAUGGUGCAUCUGAAUACAGCAUCCAUCAGGACAUUGCAAGCAUGCGCGAGGCACGUGAAGCACUUAUAAGGAUCAAAGCCGAAGGCGGGGAUGCGAGCUGGAGCUAUAAGAACUACAACUUGCCGACAAGGGCUGCAAGACAACGGUUAUUAACAGCUGCGCGUCAAGUAGGGAUGCUGUGUGUGCCUGAAGGUGGAAUGAACUAUGAUUGGGAUUUGACGUAUAUUGUGGAUGGGAUGACAACGAUCGAGCAUAAUAUACCUGUGUCCGUGCUAUAUGAUGACAUCCUCACGCUCUAUACGAUGAGCGGGACUGGAUCUACUCCAACGCAUAUCGUCGAUUAUGGGGGCAUGUUCGGAGAGCAAUAUCUUUGGGCAACAGAGGAUAUUCCCAACGACCCGAAACUCCGCACGCACACACGGCACGACAUCCUCGAAGGGGUCUCAGAGAGCACAAGCCGACCGUUCAAUUCGAUGGCACUAUGGAAUGUUUCUGCAUCCGUUGCGAAUAUGGUGCAUAGAGGGCUGCGCGCUCAUAUCGGGGCGCAUGGCGAGCCACCUCUUGGACUCAUGUACCACCAGGAGAUGUUAUACGCCAAAGCGGGCGGGCUGAGCAACUAUGAAGUAAUUCGCGCAGCAACUGCUGAUGCCGCAAUCACUUUUGGUCUCUUUGACAGCCUCGGGUCCGUCUCAGAGGGCAAACUUGCAGACCUCGUCAUCUUCCCGCCUGGUUUUGACCUGUUGCAGGAUGAUAUCCGUCACACGCGGAAUACCAGGUAUGUCAUCCGUGGUGGGCGGAUAUGGGAUGCGGAGACCAUGGAAGAGGUGUGGCCCGUUAAGAGGAAGCAGGUUCUUCCACCGUUCAAUGCAGAGUAGGAACAGAAUACUAGCUUGUAGUGGAACUUGGAGGUGCAUGAUGAGCUAGAGGAGCCAGGCCGUAAAUACCGUGAGUAGUAUGCUGUCAACCUUUGUUUAGCGCUUCAGGUGCGGA